AGGCACUCGUUAUUCCCUCGGCAGAAUAAGACCGCAUCUACGUAUGACCAGAGUCCCAUGACGCAUUGAGACACCACAACUUCGCCGCCGAGCUAUUGAGAGAUUCAUUGAUAUGUGUUAGAAGGGGCACACCGAAUACUUCCAAGACCAUUCCUCAACCCCCAACCAAUUGCCAAAGUCGGGCAGCAUUUGGGGCCUUGGCCUAACUCACGACAAUCAUGAUCUGAUGGCAAUUCUUAGUUGUUGAGAAAUCAAGGGAUUCCCCUCGCGAAAGGGAGACAAUCAUCAGGACUUCGUUCGCCUAGGCAGUCACCAUGGCUGGUGUUCAGAGAUUCCUCUCUAGGCGUGAGGGAAAGCGCAACCACGAGCGUGAAGGCCACCAUCACUCCAACAUCCUCAGCAAGAAGCCUCCGCCUUCAGUAUCAAGUCCUGAACUUAUCUCGAAUCCUUUCGAUCCCAACUCACCUGCCCAUUUCUAUGGCUUGUUUGACGCUCACAGUCCAGCCAAUCAGGUCGAAGAGCAAAAGGUCAGGACAUUGCGGCAGCGCUUGAUCGAUUCCAAGGGUGUCAUCUUGAGACAUGCUCAAAUCCUCUGGGCUUUGCGCUCGAAUGCUGCCAACGGCGACCUGGACGCAGCAUACGAUCUGCUCCUUGCUAUGUCUGAUGCCUCCGAAGGUAUUGUGUCCAGCUACAAUCCCAGAAUGCCAAUGUUGGGCGCCCAGAAUAGGCAGGGCGUGACUUGCUUCUUGGACGCCACGCUCUUCUCGAUGUUCUCCCGACUUGACAGUUUCGAGGCUAUGCUCUACAAUUCCUUCGAUGAUGUCCCUCGCAACAAGCUCGGCUUCCUCUUGAGGCUGUGGGUCAAUCUUUUGCGAAACGGCAAGCUCAUUACCACCGACAUCACCAAGGCUCUGCAAGACACCUUAGCAGAAUGCGGGUGGCAAGAGGCUGCAGAGCUCCAUCAGCAAGACGCGUCAGAAGCUUUCACGUUCAUCACCGGCAUGCUCGACUUACCUUUAUUGACUUUGAAAAUGGAUAUCUAUCAUACUGGCAAGGAAGAUACCAAUGACGACCAUAAAUUUAUCAAUGAAAGACUCCUUGAAGUCGCCAUUCCCCCCGACCCGACUGGUCAACGAAAGAUCAUCACCCUUGAAGAAUGCCUGGAAGAUUACUUCAACAACCGCAUCGAAGUUCGAAGGUACAUGGAGCGGAGAUCGACAAUCAGCUCUAUGCGGAAAGCCAGCGCUGUUCAUGUCGAAACCAUUGAAAUAGAUUCCGACGCAUCCACCCCCGCCACUCCCACGGCCUCCCCAGUAGGCUUACCACCCAGCUAUGCACCUCCAGAGCGCCCCGGGAACCGCAUGCGAACACCCAGCAUUAUUCAAGAACGCUAUAUUCCGGCUCGAAAUGAAACUGGUUCUUCAUUAAUGGCUGGAAAUGACUCCAAGGACUUCACCGGAAGGCUACGCGCCGGAAGUGUACGAAAAGAAGUCAUGAUGCCGGCAUGGCAAUUCUUCAGCCUUAUACCUUGGUAUACUGAUAACGCACCAAUGAAUGAUGCACAAGUGGCUGCUCAUUUCUCCUCCAAACGACCAGUCCUCGGCCUUUGCCUCAAGCGGUACUCUAUGACACCCGAAGGCGGGGCAAUCCGGCUAGAUACCCAGAUCGAUAUUCCCGUGGAGAUCGGUGUUCCACAUUUCAUCCAGGAUGAACAUAUGGAAGAGGCUGGCUCUCUCUAUGGAAAUUUCAAAUUGUCGUUGCAAUCUGUGGUCUGCCACCGAGGGACUUCUGUCGACUCCGGUCACUACAUUUCUCUCGUCCGAGGCACACCGCCUCCAAACUCUGCCAAUGGUGCAGCCGCUUCAACUCCUACAGCAACAUGGAUGAGGUUUGAUGAUCUCGCUCCUUCAAGGGUGACCGUGGUCGAUAUUGACAAAGCCCUGAAAGAAGAAACACCCUACCUGCUGUUCUAUCAGAUUGUCCCGGUUGAAGGAGACCCUGGUCAUAUCACAUCGGGCGAGGAAUCUAUCGCGUCAGCACCAUCAGAAAGAAACGCUUCGAUCAGCGAUAUGUCAAGUGUGUCCGUGUCGACGGAGAAUCAGCCAAUAUCUGGACGAGCAAGCUCCGAAAUGCCAGUUCUAGACGAUCCCCGAGGUCGGUCUCCUGUAGAAUCUCGAAGGAUGAGUGUGAUAUCAUUCUCAGACAAGCCAUCGGAACCGGCGAGCGACACAGCGUUGAACGUGCCCAAAGACCUAGAGACGUCGACUAGGACCGAACGCCUCAGUCAGUCGUUUGUGCGGAACAAUGCGAGUGGUUUAGGUAGGACCCUCUCGAAGCUCACAAAAAGGAAAAGCCGCGAAGUCCAGCUUAAUUUUACGGAAAAUGGAGCUCAGCCUGAGGUUCACGUUACAGAAAUUCGCGAGCAACCCUCGACCGAGAAGACCAAUCCGAAACCAAACAACUUGCACCCCGAGCAACACAAUCACCACGAUCACCAUAAAGGCCACAAGAGGGAAAAGAGCCAUAAUCGGCUGGGCAGAAGCAGAAACAGAGGGGAUAAGCCAGACAGGGAAUGCAUUGUGAUGUAGUGGUCUACCGUAUGGUGGAGCAGUGCAUAGAUUCUCGGCGCUCACAUGCGUCUGUUUGCAUGGGGAGUCUGCAUUAGACUUAUCCUUGACUUGGAUGAGACCUGCAAGCAUUCGGUUCAUGUGACAAAUAUCAUGACACACUGUUGCAUAAAGUCAAGAAGCACAUACGAGAGAUUGCAAUUACAGAGAAUGCUCGACGUGG